UCUCUCUCCCUUCUUCUCCAAAUCUCCCUCUGUAUAAAUACAAGAGAGAGAAAAACGGAAAGAUGGCGAAGAGUAACAAAACGACUUACAAAAACGCGUUUUCAAAACGCGAUAUGGAGGCGCUGACUGCUUUAUGCGACACUUUUUUGCCCGCCAUUGACGUUUCUGAUCACGAUCCUCACCUUCCUCAAUCCGUCGCUAAUUUCUAUCAAACCUCAGCUUCCAUGUCUGAAACUCCACCCCUCGUGGCUGAAUUUAUAGCAGAGAAAGUGAAGCAUCCGAAGAUUUUGCUAGCGAAAGUGGCUGUAAAGAUGCUUUCGACGUGGAUCGGAACGUUCAUACUGUGCGGGAGAAAGAGUUUGUCCGAUGAUUUUCCGUAUCUGCAGAGAUUUUCGAGAGUUGAAUCUUUAAAGAGAGAGGAAAUACUUCUCUCUUGGUCCAACAGCUGUUUCUCUCUCUUGAGAAUUCUCUUCUCUGCCCUCAAAAUCUUCAUUCUUUUCACAUUCUUCACUCAGGUGGAUGAGAAAGAAGACAACAUUUCCUGGAAAGCAAUUGGCUACUGUGGCCCGGACCCGGAUUUCAAGACCCGAAAACCACAAUAUCAAGAAUGUGAACAAAAGGAAGAAAAUGAUCAUAAAAGUAUAGAAGAAGAUUUAUUCGGACCCUUACACAAAGGGAUCAUCAAUUUCAGCCACCAACCAAUCGAAAAAUCCCUACGCAAACUCCGAGACUCGGGAUUCACCACCGCCGUCGUCUCGAAACCCUACUCGGAAAAAAACACGAGCGUUGGAUCUUUAUUAAAUCCAUCGUUCGUGCUCAAGUGCGACGCGGUGAUUGUUGGCUCCGGCUCCGGCGGCGGAGUUGUGGCGGGAGUUCUCGCGAAAGCCGGACACAAAGUGGUCGUGCUCGAAAAGGGAAGCUAUCUAGCAAGAAGCAAUCUCUCACUACUCGAAGGGGAAGCGUUGGAUCAAAUGUACCUAGGAAACGGGAUCGUAGCAUCCGAUAAUAUGGACGUAUUGUUUCUCGCGGGGUCCACCGUCGGGGGAGGGUCCGCGGUUAAUUGGUCCGCCUCGUUCCGGACCCCAUCUCAUGUCACGAAAGAAUGGAGCGAAAAGCACGGACUCGAACUAUUCGGAUCAAAAAAUUACGAAAACGCCCUCGAUGUCGUGUGCGAGAAGAUGGGGGUACAAUCGGAAUUCGACGACGAGGGUUUCAACAACAUGGUUUUGAGAAAAGGGUGCGAGGGCUUAGGGUAUCAAGUCGGGAAUAUUCCGCGCAACGCCCCAUCGGACCACUACUGCGGUUGGUGUUGCAUGGGUUGCAAAGACGGGAGAAAGAAGGGAACGUUAGAGACGUGGUUAGUGGAUCUUGUGGAAUCGAAAAACGGGGCGAUUCUAUCGGAAUGCGAAGCCCUAAAAGUGAUCACCACCGAGGGCAAAACGGUCAACGGGAGAAAAAUGGCUACGGGGGUUGCAUUCGCAUUCCGAAACGAAGAAGGAGGACAAGAAAUUGGGAUUGUGGAGGCUAAAGUGACGGUGACAGCUUGCGGUGCAAUGUGCACACCUCAACUACUUAAAAAAAGCGGAUUGAAGAAUAAAAACAUCGGAAAAAAUUUGCAUGUGCAUCCCGUGGUAAUGGCAUGGGGCUACUUCCCGGAAGAUUCGUGGCCGGAGACGGAGAAGAGGAGCCACAAAGGCGGAAUCAUGACGGCAAUGUCGAAAGUUGUCUCGAAUUUUGAAACGUCCGGUUACGGUGCGGUGAUACAGACGCCUUCGUUGCACCCCGGAUUGUUCUCCGCGGUGAUGCCGUGGGUUUCGGGGAAAGAUUUUAAAGACAGGAUGGUUAAGUAUUCGAGGACGGCCCACGUGUUUGCGUUGGCUAGGGAUAAAGGGAGGGGAACGAUAGCAUCGCCGAGCGACAUAAGCUACAAAUUGGACGAUUUGGAUCGAGAGAAUCUGAGGGAAGGGAUCGAGAGGGUUUUGAGAAUAUUGGCGGCGGCGGGGGCGGAGGAAAUCGGGACCCACCAUAGGGACGGGGGCGUGUUGAAAGUGAAGGGGGCGAGUCGUGAGGAGUUCGAGGGGUUCGUGGAGAGGGAGAGUAUGAGGCCGUUGAGGAAUCUUUCGACGCCGAUCGCUUCGGCGCAUCAGAUGGGGAGUUGUAGGAUGGGGGUGGAUUCGGGGGGGUCGGGGGUCGACCCGAGGGGGGAGACUUGGGAGGUGGAGGGGCUGUUUGUGGCAGAUUCGAGUGUUUUUCCAACUGCUUUGGGGGUGAAUCCGAUGGUUACUGUUCAGGCGAUUGCUUACUGCACUGCACAAUCUGUUCUUGAAAUUCUUGGCGGGAAGAAGUUUGUGUAGCUGGACUAAGUGUUUGGUGUGUGAUUAAUUAUUAUUCUUGUAAGAGUAAAUAAGGGAAAAAGUGGUUUUCUUGUGUAAUAAAACUAGACGAAGUUCUUGUUGGCAUUUUCACAAACACCUUGUGGGCAGCAAUUACAAACUAGGGCUUGUGAUUUGAUUUGUAUAGUAGUAACUAGAAAUAUGAA